UUCAACUUCCCCUUUCUUCUCCAAUUUUCAGUUUUGUUUGUUCAGUUGUAUGGCGGUGCUUCAAGCUAUGGUGAAGCGCUGUCGAAAUCGAUCAUGUUUUUCGAAGGCCAGCGAUCUGGGUUCCUCCCAAAGGACCAGCGGUUGAACUGGCGUGGGAAUUCGGGACUCGGAGACGGUUCCGCUGACAAUGUGGACCUCAUCGGCGGUUACUAUGACGCCGGAGACAAUGUGAAGUUCGGUUUUCCAAUGGCCUUUACAACCACGAUGCUAGCGUGGAGUGUGAUAGAGUUCGGAGAGAUGAUGCCACCGGCAGAGUUGAGGAAUGCGUUGGUGGCGAUACACUGGGGAACGGAUUAUUUGCUGAAAACGGUGGCGGAACCUGAUCGGAUUUAUGUGCAGGUUGGUGAUCCUGUAAAAGACCAUAACUGUUGGGAGAGGCCAGAAGACAUGGACACGGAUCGGACGGUGUACAGAGUGGAUGCACCAAACCCUGCGUCAGAUGUGGCAGGAGAGACUGCGGCGGCUCUAGCAGCCGCAUCCAUGGCAUUCCGCUCUUCUGAUCCUGGCUACUCACAGACCAUCCUAACAACUGCCAUCAAAGUCUUCGAGUUUGCUGAUACUUAUAGAGGGGCUUAUAGCGAUAACACCGAUAUUAGAAGCGGUGCUUGCCCCUUUUACUGUGAUUAUGAUGGAUAUCAGGAUGAAUUGUUAUGGGGAGCGGCAUGGUUAGCAAGGGCGUCUGACGAUGUAAAGUAUAUGAGUUACAUAGAAAACAAUGCUAAACCACUUGGUGCUGAUGAGAAUAUUUAUGAGUUUGGAUGGGAAAACAAGCAUGCUGGUCUUAAUGUUCUUGUUUCCAAGCAAGUGUUGGAAGGGAAUGUGUACGCGUUGGAGUCGUACAAAGCAUCGGCAGAAAGCUUCAUAUGCACAUUAUUACCAGACUCAUCUUCAUGGCACAUUGAAUAUUCCCCAGGGGGUCUAAUCUACCGUCCAGGUGGAAGCAAUUUACAACAUUCAACCGCCAUCACAUUCCUCAUGCUAGUUUAUGCAAACUACUUAGAGGCAUCCUCAAGCUCAGUGAAUUGCGGUAACAUAAGUGUGGGACCCGCCUACCUUCGCGGAUUGGCUAAGUACCAAGUGGAUUAUAUCCUAGGGGAAAACCCUAAGGGAAUGUCUUAUAUGGUAGGGUAUGGCAACAACUACCCGCAACGGAUUCAUCAUCGAGGCUCCUCUCUACCAUCGGUCUGGAACCAUCCCAAACCCAUUCAAUGUAAAGAGGGAACUAUUUAUUUUAACUCAUCCGACCCUAAUCCAAAUGUUUUGAUUGGUGCCAUUGUUGGUGGGCCCCAGGAGGAUGACGAGUAUGGCGAUGAUCGAGCUGAUUCCAGAAAAUCCGAGCCUACAACCUACAUUAACGCACCAUUUGUUGGCGUCUUAGCAUUCUUCAAUGCCAACCCUAGUCUAACCCAAGUUAGCACGCCAAAAUAAUAGAAAGGAUCGAUCAACCAAGCAUAUGCUAGCUAGCUACGGAAUUGAAGUCUCUCGUCUUGUGCUAAGCCGAACAAGAGGGAAGAGAUAGAUCGAUCAACCAAGCUUUGUGUCUUUUUUUAUUUUUAUUUAUAUAUCAUUAUUAUUAUGUUAGUCAAUUUUAAUGAUGUUUAAGGUACGCAUAAUUGAGUUUUUUUUCCGUAAUGAUGUUGAUGGAAAAAGUAAUU